AUGGAUGUCAGUAACCGGCCUUUAACUUUAGAAUCAAAAGUGGACCAGCAGAGCUCAGAGGUUCCCAGUGGUCAGUCUGCCCAGCAGCAUCAAACACAGCUGGAUUCCAUAUUUAUGCUGCUGGAGGACAACAUCAUCACUUUUGUGAAGAACGAGCUGAAGAAGAUCCAGAAGGCUCUGAAUCCAAAUAAGCCCCAGUGCUUGGAGUUUCAGAGGGAGGAUGAUGAGCAGAGGAGCAGCAGAGAGGCAUUUGUGAUGCUCACAGUGGACUUCCUGAGGAGAAUGAAGCAAGAAGAGCUGGCUGACCAACUGCAGAGCAUUUGUCAUCCUAACCUUAAAUCUGCUCUGAAGAAGAAGUUCCAGUGUGUGUUUGAGGGCAUCGCUAAAGCAGGAAACCCAACCCUUCUGAAUCAGAUCUACACAGAGCUCUACAUCACAGAGGGCGGGACUGCAGAGGUCAAUGAUGAACAUGAGGUCAGACAGAUUGAAACAGCAUCCAGGAAACCAGACAGACCAGAAACAACAAUCAGACAAGAAGACCUCUUUAAAGCCUCACCUGGAAGAGAUGAACCAAUCAGAACAGUGCUGACAAAGGGAGUGGCUGGCAUUGGGAAAACAGUCUUAACACAGAAAUACACCCUGGACUGGGCUGAAGACAAAGCCAACCAGGACAUCCACUUCAUAUUUCCAUUCACUUUCAGAGAGCUGAAUGUGCUGAAAGAGGAAAAGUUCAGCUUGGUGGAACUUGUUCAUCACUUCUUUACUGAAACCAAAGAAGCAGGAAUCUGCAGCUUUGAAGACUUCCAGGUUGUGUUCAUCUUUGAUGGUCUGGAUGAGUGUCGACUUCCUCUGGACUUCCACAAAACUACAAUCCUAACUGACCCUAGAAAGUCCACCUCAGUGGAUGUACUGCUGAUAAACCUCAUCAGGGGGAAACUGCUUCCCUCUGCUCGUCUCUGGAUAACGACACGACCUGCAGCAGCCAAUCAGAUCCCUCCUGACUGUGUUGGCAUGGUGACAGAGGUCAGAGGGUUCACUGACCCAAAGAAGGAGGAGUACUUCAGGAAGAGAUUCAGAGAUGAGGAGCAGGCCAGCAGGAUCAUCUCCCACAUCAAGACAUCACGAAGUCUCCACAUCAUGUGCCACAUCCCAGUCUUCUGCUGGAUCACUGCUACAGUUCUGGAGGAUGUGCUGGAAACCAGAGAGGACGGGCAGCUGCCCAAGACCCUGACUGAGAUGUACAUCCACUUCCUGGUGGUUCAGGCCAAAGUGAAGAAGGUCAAGUAUGAUGGAGGAGCUGAGACAGAUCCACACUGGAGUCCAGAGAGCAGGAAGAUGAUUGAGUCUCUGGGAAAACUAGCUUUUGAUCAGCUGCAGAAAGGAAACCUGAUCUUCUAUGAAUCAGACCUGACAGAGUGUGGCAUCGAUAUCAGAGCAGCCUCAGUGUACUCAGGAGUGUUCACACAGAUCUUUAAAGAGGAGAGAGGAUUGUACCAGGACAAGGUGUUCUGCUUCAUCCAUCUGAGUGUUCAAGAGUUUCUGGCUGCUCUUCAUGUCCAUCUGACCUUCAUCAACUCUGGACUCAAUCUGCUGGAAGAACAACAAAUAACCUCUAAGAAAUCUAAAUUAUUUAACAAACCAAAACUCCAAUCUCUCCACCAGAGUGCUGUGAACAAGGCCUUACAGAGUCCAAAUGGCCACCUGGACUUGUUCCUCCGCUUCCUCCUGGGUCUUUCACUGGAGACCAAUCAGAAUCUCCUACGAGGUCUUCUGACACAGACAGGAAGUAGCUCACAGACCAAUCAGGAAACAGUCCAGUACAUCAAGGAGAAACUCAGUGAUAAUCUACUGUGCCUCUGUAACUUGUCGGAAAGAAGCUAUGAAGCUCUGUCCUUAGUUCUCAGCUCCCAGUCCUCUUGUCUGAAAGAGCUGGACUUAAGUAACAACAACCAGCAGGAUUCAGCAGUGAAGUUUCUUUAUGCUGGACUGAGAAGUCCACUCUGUGAACUGAAUACUCUGAGACUGAGUCACUGUCCGUUCUCAGAGAGAGGCUAUGAAGCUCUGUCCUCACUUCUCAGCUCCCAGUCCUCUAGUCUGAGCGUGCUGGACCUGAGUAACUCUGACCUGCAGGAUUCAGGAGUGAAGUUUCUGUGUGCUGGAUUGAAGAGUCCACACUGUAAAAUGGAAACUCUCAGAAUAAGAAUGAAGCAAAUUUACAGAGUUCCUUUCGAGAGAAACACAGAACGUGUAAAGCAACUGCGAUAUGACUGUGUGCAGAGAGUGAUGGAAAUAGAAGCAGAUGCAAUGGGACAUGAGCUACUUUUUGUGGAUGAGGCCGGUUUUAACCUCAGUAAAACCAGGAGACGUGGCAGGAACAUUAUUGGACACCGUGCCAUCAUCAAUGUCCCAGGACAACGUGGUGGUAACAUAACCAUGUGUGCAGCUAUAAGCCAAAAUGGUGUUGUUCACCAUCAUGCAACCAUAGGCCCAUACAACACUGCACACAUUAUUGCAUUCCUGGACACCUUGCAUGACAUGCUCACUGUUCAGAGACCAGAGCAGACCCGAUAUGUCAUCAUAUGGGACAAUGUUAGUUUCCAUAGGGCUGCUUUGGUCCGCAACUGGUUUACAGACCACCCAUCCUUCAUGGCACUCAACCUCCCUCCAUACUCUCCAUUCUUGAAUCCCAUCGAGGAGUUCUUCUCUGCCUGGCGCUGGAAAGUGUACGACCGUCAUCCUCAUCAACAGGUAGCCCUUUUACAGGCAAUGGAGGAGGCAUGUGGAGAUAUUGACCAGGCAUCAUUGAUAAAGAAAUGUGUUCACAGAGAGAGGAAGAGGAGUGGUGUUUGUGAGGAGGAGCAGCUGUCCUGCUGUGCUUUGUGUCAGGACGUCCUGAAGGAUCCAGUCUCUACCAGCUGUGGACACUGGUUCUGCAGACAGUGCAUCUCCUCAUACUGGGACCAGUCUGCUUCAUCAGGAGACUCCUCCUGUCCCCAGUGUGGAGAAAGAUCCAGAAGCAGAGCUGGACUGCAGACAGCCAGUCAGAGCAGCUGUGUACAAAGUAAGACUGAACAUCUGUCUGCUGAUGGACUCAUUUCUGAAAACUGGACUUCUUCAGAUGUUGGUCUGCAGGAGGUUUUAGAUGAACAUAAGAUCAGUCUGAGGAGGAGAUGUGAGCGUGUGACUGAAGGAAAUGAUGAAACAGGAAGUAGAACCCUCCUCAACAGGAUCUACACUGAGCUCUACAUCACAGAGGGACACAGUGAAGAGGUUCAUACCCAACAUGAGGUGAGGCAGCUGGAGACAGCUUCCAAGAUGGACGCCCUCCAUGACGCUCCAAUCAGGUGCCAGGACAUCUUUAAAGCCUUCCCUGACCAGCAGAGACCCAUCAGAGUGGUUCUGACCAACGGCGUGGCUGGUGUUGGAAAAACCUUCUCAGUGCAGAAGUUCACUCUGGACUGGGCAGAGGGCUUGGAGAACCAACAUGUCAGUGUGGUGGUUCUGCUUUCAUUCAGGGAGCUGAACCUGAUCAGAGAUGAGCAGUACAGUCUUCUGGAGCUGCUCCAUGUUUUCCAUCCAACAUUACAGAAGGUCACAGCAGAGAAGCUGGCUGUCUCUCAGCUUUUGUUCAUCUUUGACGGCCUGGAUGAAAGCAGACUUUCAUUGGAUUUCACCAACAGGAAGCUGCUGUCUGAUGUCACACAGAAGUCAUCAGUCAGCCAGCUGCUGACAAACCUCAUCCAGGGGAAUCUGCUUCCCUCGGCUCUCGUCUGGAUAACUUCCCGACCUGCAGCAGCCAAUCAGAUCCCUCCUACAUGUGUCGACAGGCUAACAGAAGUACGAGGCUUCACUGACGCCCAGAAGGAGGAGUACUUCUGGAGGAGAUUCAGUUAUGAAGAGCUGUCCAGCAGAAUCAUCUCCCACAUGAAGACAUCCAGGAGCCUCCACAUCAUGUGUAGAAUCCCAGUCUUCUGCUGGAUCACUGCUACAGUUCUGGAGCACAUGUUGACUACAGAGCAGAGAGGAGAGCUGCCCAAGACCCUGACUGACAUGUACUCACACUUCCUGCUGGUUCAGACAAAGAGGAAGAAGAACAAGUACCAUGAGGGACAUGAGACGAGUCCACAGGAGCUGACGGAGGCUGACAGGGAAGUUCUUCUGAAGCUGGGGAGGCUGGCGUUUGAACAUCUGGAGAAAGGAAACAUCAUGUUCUACCAAGAAGACCUGGAGCAGUGUGGUCUGGAUGUGACAGAGGCCUCGGUGUACUCAGGAGUUUGUACAGAGAUCUUCAAAAGAGAGUGUGUGAUCUUCCAGAAACCAGUCUACUGCUUUGUUCAUCUGAGCAUUCAGGAGUUUCUGGCUGCAGUCUACAUGUUCCACUGUUUCACCAACAGGAAGACAGAGGUGCUGAAGAAGUUUUUGGGAAAAAAAUACAACGAGUCCUCUCUGGAUGAUUUCCUUAAACGAGCCAUGUAUAAAUCCCUCCAGAGUAAAAAUGGCCACCUGGACCUGUUUGUUCGCUUCCUUCAUGGCCUCUGUCUGGAGUCCAACCAGAGACUCUUAGGUCUGCUGGGUCAGACAGAGAUCAGUCCAGAAACCAUCCAGAGAGUCACCGACAACCUGAAGGAGAUGAACCGUGAUAAAAUCUCUCCUGACAGAAGCAUCAACAUCUUCCACUGUCUGAUGGAGAUGAAUGACCUCUCAUUAUUUCAGGAGAUCCAAGGGUACCUGAAGUCAGAGAACAGAUCAGAGAAGAAACUCUCUGAGAUCCAGUGCUCAGCUCUGGCCUUCAUACUGCAGAUGUCAGAGGAGGUUCUGGAUGAGUUGGACCUGCAGAAGUACAACACAUCACCGCCGGGACGACGCAGACUGAUUCCAGCUGUGAGGAACUGCAGAAAGGCUCGACUAACUCAGUGUGGACUCUCAGAGACUCACUGUGAAGUUGUGGCCUCAGCUCUGAAGUCCAACCCCUCCUGUCUGACAGAGCUGGUCAUGAGUCUGAACAACCUGCAGUGUUCAGCAGUGAAGCUUCUGUGUGCUGGACUGGAGAGUCCAAACUGUCGACUGGAGACUCUGAGACUUGAGGGCUGUGGUUUGUCAGAGAUCAGCUGUGAUUAUCUGGCAGCAGCGCUGAAGUCCAACCCCUCAUAUCCCAGAGUGCUGGACCUGAGUGGAGACUACAAAAACCUGCAGGAUUCAGGAGUGAAGCAACUGUGUGUUCUUCUGGAGAAUUCACGAUGUCGAUUUGAAACUCUAAAAUUGAGGAGCUGUGGUUUGUCAGAGAUCAGCUGUGAUUAUCUGGCAGCAGCACUGAAGUCCAACCCCUCCCAUCUGAGGGUGCUGAACCUGAGCUCCAACAACAACCUGCAGGAUUCAGGAGUGAAGCAUCUGUGUGGUUUUCUGGAGAGUCCAGGAUGUAAACUUGAAACUCUGAGAUUGGAGGAGUGUGGUUUGUCAAAGAUCAGCUGUGAUUAUCUGGCUGCAGCACUGAAGUCCAACCCCUCCCAUCUGAGAGAGCUGGACCUGAGCUUCAACAACCUGCAGGAUCCAAAUGUGAAGCAGCUAUCUGAUCUUAAGCAGAGUCCAGACUACAGACUGGAGACCCUGAGACUGAGUGGCUGCAAUCUUUCAAAAAGAAGCUGUGAAGCUUUGUCCUCAGUCCUCUGCUCACAGCCCUCUGGUCUGAGAGAGCUGGACCUGAGUAACAACAUACUUCAAGAUUCAGCAGUGACGCUUCUGUCUGUUGGAGUGGCGAGUCAACAUUGUAAACUUGAAACUCUUCGAUUAAGUCACUGUUUCCUCUUAGAGAGAAGCUGUGAAGUUCUGUCCUCAGUUCUUAGCUCCCCAUCCUCUAGUCUGAGAAAGCUGGACCUGAGUAACAACAACCUACAGGAUUCAGGAGUCAAGCUUCUGUCUGUUGGAUUGGCAAGUCCACACUGUAAACUAGAAACUCUCAGACUGAGUGGCUGUAACCUCUCAGAGAGAAGCUGUGAAGCUCUGUCCUCAGUUCUCAGCUCCCAGUGCUCUUGUCUUAGAGAGUUGGACCUUAGUAACUGUGACCUGCAGGAUUCAGGAGUGAAGCUUCUUACUGCUGGUCUAAAGAGCUCACAGUGUGUAGUGGAAAUUCUCAGUCUGUCAGGCUGUCUGAUCACAGAGGAAGGCUGUACUUCUCUGGCCUCAGCUCUGAGCUCCAACCCCUCCCAUCUGAGAGAGCUGGACCUGAGCUACAAUCAUCCAGGAGACUCAGGAAUGAAGCUGCUUUUGGCUGGAGUGAAGGAUCCAGGCUGGAGGCUGGACACUCUCAGACUUUCAGGAUGUAACCUAUGUGAGAGAAGCUGUGAAGCUCUGUCCUCGGUUCUCUGCUCCCAGUCCUCUUGUCUGGAAGAACUGGACCUGAGUAAUAAUGACCUGCAAGAUUUAGGAGUAAAGCUUCUGUCUGCUGGCUUGAAGAGUCCAAUUUGUACACUGAAAACUCUCAGGCUGUCAGGCUGUCUGAUCACAGAGGAAGGAUGUACUUCUCUGGCCUCAGCUCUGAGCUCCAACCCCUCCUAUAUGAAAGAGCUGGACCUGAGCUACAAUCAUCCAGGAGACUCGGGAAUGAAGCUGCUGUCGGCUGGACUGAAGGAUCCAUGCUGGAGACUGGACACUCUCAGGGUGGAGCCUGCUGGAGUCGGAUGGUUGAGACCAGGUCUGAGGAAGUAUUCCUGUCAACUCACAAUCGACACAAACACAGUUCACACAAACCUUCAACUGUCUGACAACAACAGGAAGGUGACACAUGUGAAGGACAUUCAAUCAUAUCCUGAUCAUCCAGACAGAUUUGAUUCUUGGGCUCAGCUGCUGUGUAGAAAUGGUCUGACUGGUCGCUGUUACUGGGAGGUUGAGUGGCGAGGAGACGUUUAUAUAUCAGUGAGUUACAGAAGAAUCGGAAGGAAAGGAGAGAGUGAAGACUGUGGGUUUGGUUGUAAUGGUCAGUCCUGGAGUCUGAACUGCUAUGAUGAUGGUUCCCAGUGUGUCUGGCACAAUAACCGAGACACAUAUGUCUCCACAUCUUCCUCCUCAUCCUCUAUCUCUGGUAGAGUAGCAGUGUAUGUGGACUGUCCUGCUGGCACUCUGUCCUUCUACAGAGUCUCCUCUGACACUCUGAUCCACCUCCACACCUUCAACACCACAUUCACUGAAACUCUUUAUCCUGGAUUUAGACUCCAUCCUGAUUCGUCAGUGUGCCUGUAA